AUGGUAUAUGGAUUGAUUGUUCAUGCACUGCCAAGUGUUGCAGGAGCAGCAACAACGACAUCUGACAACUCUGCAUAUGUAUAUUGCUCUCAGUAUUACUCAUCAGAGGGUAACAAUGACUUGAUGGCUCAGCGUCAGACUGCGAUCGUACAGCGUGUUAUAAGCGAUCAUCAGUUCAAGUACGUCUGCGACAAUACAAAGCCAGACGAGAAGCUCUACCCAGACUGGGCCGUGGCGCACAUUCAACGUGUGAAGGAACAGAAUGCAAUACUUCAGUCGACGAUGACACCGUCGUCAACUUCGUCAUCGUCACAGGCCGCUCGAACAAGUGACAGUGGCUCAAGAGAAGGUGUCUUUAGAAUAGUGCCACCAAAGUUCCAGACAACACCCAACAUCACACCACAGAACGAUCCAAUAGCGCCCGUUGCGCACUACUUUGCCACAAGCAAGUAUGUCAUUUGGAAACAGAUGCUAGGUGCAUGCUUCACAAUCAUAUGUGAGGAAGAUGAGAACAGACUGCUGGUUGCCAACUUCUUGGCAAUGUUCAAUAAUAUCUUAUUGGAUCACUUUAAGAACAUCAUUUCAAAGUCACCUGUACAAGAAAGUGAAGAGAUACUUUUGUUACUGCAUCACUAUCUACCCAAUGGUCAACUACUGUUUACAUCCAAUCAAUACGCCAAACACACCAAGGCUACCAUUCCUCAACAGCAAUGA